ACUGUUUAUAAAUUUAAUAUCUAGAAAUGGGAAGUACUAUUUCCAAUUGUUGCCAAUUAGAUAGGGAAGGAAUUAGUCCUUACCAAAAAUCUUAUCUACAUCCUGAUAACUCUCGUACAUCAUCCAAACGUUUAGGCAUGGAUGGGGGAAAGAAGCACGUACGUUUUGUUGAGAAUAAGAAAUCCACAGCGGAAUUAAGGCCUUCCUGUGAUGAUUCUCCUCAAAGAGGAAAUUUUUCAAGGAUGGCUGGCCCUUCCUCUCCCACAAAGAAUUGUACUAACAAUGGAUGAGAGGAUGGUACUGUCACUUUCCAACCCCCUACGUCUGAGCUAAAUCCUUCUUUUAUCAAACAUGUUAAAGAUAUUAGAUCUAUUUUCGUAUUUGAUAAAAAGAUAGGAGAUGGGAAAUUCGGUACAGUUUUCCUAGCUCACCCCAAGAAUGACUUGAAGGCCCAGGUAGCUAUCAAGUUGAUUCCACAAGAGUCCUUUUCGCACAGGAUAGAAAAGGAGCUGCUCUUGCUGAAAAGUAUUAAACACAGAAAUGUGAUACGAUACAUUUCGGCCUACAAAGACAAUAAAUAUUAUUACAUUAUCACUGAGCAUUGUGAGGGAGGAGAGCUAUUCAAAAAGAUCGUGGAUCAAGGGUGCCUUGACGAGCUUGAAGCAUGCAAUAUCAUCAGUCAAUUACUUAAAACUAUUAAGUUUCUUCAUGAUAACGAGAUUUGUCACAGAGAUUUGAAACCAGAAAACAUACUAUUCAAAAGAAAGGGUGAUAAUAGAAUCAAACUUAUUGAUUUCGGUCUGAGUAAGCAACUGAAGAAGGGAGAAAUCAUGCUCAAGAAACUUGGAACUCCGUACUACCUUGCUCCUGAAGUUCUAGAAGAGAGAUAUGGAAAAGAAGUCGAUCUCUGGAGUCUUGGGGUAGUGACAUAUGUUGUACUCUGUGGUUAUCCCCCAUUUUAUGGAGAGGACGCAAAAGAGCUUUUUUCAAACAUUUAUUACGUCAACUAUGACUUUGCAGAAGAAGAUUGGUGUUUCAUCUCAGAUGAAGCAAAAGAUUUUAUUUCCAAGUUAUUAGUGAAGAAUCCUCAAGAACGUCUUUCGAUAGAUCAAGCUUUGAAGCAUCCUUGGAUCUUGUCAAAUAUUACUGAACCAGAAAGUAGUGUUAGGCAUGAGCUUACUUCAAAUCACUCAGACGUACAUCCUUGUGACAAAAAGGUGCUUGAUGUCACCACAGAGGCCUUUAGUAAGAGCUCAGAAUGCGCCACACUUGACAGUUAUGAAAGGUCUCUAGUUGAAUUAUUUUAGAAGAAGGCACCCUGUCACUAAGCACUAAUUUUUGGUGAAUGGCAGGAAAAGUAUGGACUCAGUAUUCCUUUUCAAGGGUUUCUCAUUCAAGUAUGCCACCUGUACCCAGAUUCAUCUCUAUUACUGGUCAUGUAACAACCGUGUAUUAGAGAGGUGUCUAGUGAGGUGGAUGUACAUCUAAAUAUCAAAGUUUAAACCAAUUUCAAACAGUAAUUUGACUAAUUCAAAUUAGUCAUAAAUCGAAUUGGUUUUGACCCUUGGGACAUGGACACUGAGUCCUUCAGAGCCUUUACAAGGCUAAUAUCAAAAUAAUUAACACAUCAUUUUCAUGAGGAAUUGUUGUUCUUUUCAAAAAUUGAUAAUUCUAUAAUAAACU